UUUCCGAAACGACGAUGUGAGUUUAUCACUGUCAUCUUCAUUCAAACCACCUCCAUUUGGAGAACACUAGUGAUUUCCAAAGACUCUCUCACUUUUCUCCUAAAAUAACCUGCCUCUACUUUAACCGUGUUGUUUUUAUUCUAGUCAAUGAUACCAUAGCAAUUUCUGGAAUGCCCCGCCACGGCCGAAUUUUUUGAUUAUCCCUCAAAAGUAUGUUAUUGAUGUAUUAUGACACAUACAUGCAAACCUUGAGUUUUGUUUCACCUACGUAGAAUUUUCUACGCGAAACUUCAGUUUGUAGAUUCCAGGAUAAGAGUUUUGGGAAGUCGAGAUUUGUUCAAUUGUCGAAGUCUCUAUCGUCGUUUGUUUGCAUGGCAACGUGGGAUGAAAAAAACAGCACGAAAACUUGUUAACGGAAAAUCUGAUUUCUUCAGCUGUUAUGUGCGAAAAUUUUUUUUCACAAAAUGAUAUUACAGAACGUGAUCUUUCUCAAAAUAAAGUAUUUUUUGAAAAUGAUAAUUCUAUUCGUGAUAAAUGUUUAUCUGAUUUAAAGAAGGUCUACUGCACUGGUGUUAUUUAUUUUGGAAGUUUAAAAGAAACAAAACGUUGUGGUGAAGGUUUACUUAAGUGGCCUGAUGGAGGAUUUUACCAAGGAAAUUAUAUAGAUAAUCAAAGACAUGGCCUAGGAAAAUACUUUUGGAGUGAUGGUUCUCUGUAUGAAGGGUGUUUUGAAAAUGAUUUAAGACAUGGUCAUGGUAAACAAGUAUGGAACAAUGGAGAAACAUAUAUCGGACAGUUUUUCAAUGAUACUUUUCAUGGUCGUGGUGUAUAUACAUGGUUAGAUGGAACCUGUUAUAAUGGUUUAUUUCAAAAUAAUUUAAGAAGUGGUUAUGGAGAGUUAAGUCAAUCUAAUGGCAACAAAUUUCAGGGUAUUUUUUCAAAUGACAAACCAUUUGGUCCUGGUAUUUACACAUACAAACAAAGUGGAAGACAAGACCAUGGGAUUUGGAGCGGUGCAAAGCUUAUUAAACUGCGUUUUCUUUUGAAUGACUUAUUUAAUUACGAUAAAAAUUUUUUUAUCAAUAACAUAUCAAAACAUAAUGAAGUUCAAACAAGUUUGUGUGAAAAUCAAAUUGGUUUACGUGAAAAGUUUCAAAUUCCAGUUUCAUUUCCGUAUGAGAAAAUUUUGAAUGGUGAUAAAAAACUCUGUAAAGGUCCCAUGGAAGAGUUGUUGGAAGAUUUUUUUCUUUGUGCUUUUUUUGGCAAUCUUUUAUUAAUGAAACACAUAUUUGAGAGUGGGCUUGUUCAUCCAGAUGCAAGUGAUUUUAAAGGUCAUACAGCAUUGAUAGCAGCCUCAAUAAAUUGCCAGUUAGAUGUGCUAAACUACCUGUUAGAUGUUGGUGCCAAUAUUAAUAAGUUAACAGAUGAAAAAGUUUCCCCAUUAUCUGCUUGCCUUAAUUUGCUGUAUUCACACCAGAACUUUCUUGAUAACAUUGCUGAAAACAUGCCUGAAGAAAAUUUAUUCAAUGCUGUAUGGGUAGAAAAAAAAAAAGGAUUUAUAGUGUGUCGAAAUGAAAAAAAAAUGAUAAUGUCUGUCUAUGAAUCACAACAUGUUUAUUUUAAAAAUAAGCAUAAAAAGAUUGAUGUGAUGCCAUUUAUACAAAAUUCAAGUGUAUCUAUUAAUAAGGAAGCUGGUUACACAAUAAGUUUUAGCAAUAUUGAUCGAUGGAAAAUCAGAUGUUAUAAAAACUUGUUCAUUAAAGCCAAAAACAUUGAUGCAAUAAACAUGAAAUUUAAAAAAAUUUCAAUGAAUUCUUUUGAAUAUUUUACAAGUCCAGUCUGUGAAUAUAAUGUUGAAGUUUCAGAUGCACCGUUGUAUCAGUUUUUUCCUGAAUUAACAAGACUAUCUUCAACUAAAGCUAAUUUGGGUGGUGGUGAAAUUAACAGUAAUGAUGACUAUCUAGUGAACAUGCAUGAAAGUAAAAUAGUUUCAAAAUGUAUUCACCAAGAAAGAAAACCAUUCCUGGAAAAAACAAUAAAACUAUUGCUUAAAAGAGGGUCUGAUCCAAACAUAUCAACAGUUCCUAUGCCAUCUUUAUUUUUCGCUGUAAAAUCUGCUGACGUGUUAGCUGUGGAAUCAUUACUAACCAAAAAUGCGGAUACUUCUACUAAAAUUGAGAAGGGUUUAUGUGUUUUACACAUUGCUGUUGCUCUUCCAACAAAAAGUGUUGAAAUUACAAGUUUACUGUUGCAAUAUGGUGCUGAUCCUAAUGCAAGAGACAAUUACUUUGAUGAAGAGCAUGGUAAAGAAAAUGGUCGCACAGCUUUGCACAUUGUUUGUUGUCGAGAAGAUGAUUACAAGACUGCUCAACAAAUUGCAGAGAUGUUAUUACAGUAUGGAGCUAAUCCGAACCUUUUAUGUUGUGGAAGUUCACCUUUAUCUUUAGCUAUUGGAAGUGGCAAUGACUUAAUUGUUGAAACCUUACUUAAAAAAAACGCGAACCCAAGUCUCAAACUAGGAAAAAUAUUGGGCUCUGCGUUGUGUGUCGCUGCCUCAUUUCAAGCAGAACGUCGUAGAACGCACCUUCAAAGAAUUCACUUGAUAGAAAAAUUGAUUGCACAUGGGGCAGAUAUGUUAGCUCCAGUUUAUGUAUCAGAUAAACACCCUUAUGGAACAGUCAUAGAUUACGCCUACUGUAUCUUUAAACAGGAUCGUUGUAUUGCUUUUACACCAUAUCAUGCGUUAUCUUUGAUCGAAAGAGAAAUUUGCAAAGCGAGAAAAUACGUGUUAGUUUGUCUAAGUAAUUUCUUUCGUGAAGCAAUCUUAAAGAAAGAAAAAGAAAUUAAUGAGAGUUUUAAACCGAAUAUGUUAAAAAUAGAUGCGGAAACAAAUAAAGUCUUUUUCCCAAUUUUAGUUAAACGGGAAGUUAAAAUAAAGGAAAAUUUCAUUUCAAAUGAAUUGAUAAAAGAGGUGGAUAUAAACAACGAAAUAAAUAUCAGAAAAAAGCAAUGUUGGGAUACGAAUAGCAUAAAUGUUACGGAGAUAGGCCAACAAAAGUUUUUCCGUGUUUCUAAUUUGAUGGGCGAAAACAAUGAACUCAUUGGCUUGCGUUAUGUUCUGGUUGAAUUAUGCUUAGCCGAUAUUAAUAACAUUGACAUACCAAUGUUUUCUACAAAAAAUGUAACAAUUAUUGACCGGAGAAAAAGAUUUUAUUACUGCUAUGAAUGUGGAAGAUCGACAGGUGUUAAACUGUUCCCUUGCAAGCGUUGCAAGCAAAUUUUUUAUUGCUCUAGUUUAUGUAAAGUUCAAGGUGGGAAAAAUAGGCAUCAAAAGGAAUGUUUGAUUAAGUCUUUGUAAUGAGACAAUUUGCGUCUUUUUAGAAAAUUGUUUUUUUGUUAA